CGCUGGGAGGAAGGCGCCCGGGCUCAAGAUGGCUUUUGCCGGGCUCUGCGCCCUGCUCGCCUGCUGCUGGGGGCCGGCGGCGGUGCUGGCCGCGGCCGCGGGCGACGCGGACCCCUCCAAGGAGCUGGAGUGCAAGCUCAAGAGCAUCACGGUGUCGGCGCUGCCCUUCCUGCGCGAGAACGACCUGAGCAUCAUGCACAGCCCCUCGGCCUCCGAGCCCAAGCUCCUCUUCUCGGUGCGCAACGACUUCCCCGGGGAGAUGGUCGUGGUGGACGACCUGGAGAACACGGAGCUGCCCUACUUCGUGCUGGAGAUCUCAGGGAACACGGAGGACAUCCCUCUGGUGCGCUGGAGGCAGCAGUGGCUGGAGAAUGGCACUUUGCUUUUUCAUAUCCAUCACCAAGACGGUGCCCCGAGCCUCCCUGGACAAGACCCAACCGAAGAACCCCAGCAUGAGUCAGCAGAAGAGGAGCUGAGGAUCCUGCAUAUCUCGGUCAUGGGUGGCAUGAUCGCCCUGCUGCUGUCCAUCCUGUGCCUGGUGAUGAUCCUGUACACUCGCCGCCGCUGGUGUAAACGCCGCCGGGUCCCCCAGCCCCAGAAGAGUGCCAGCGCCGAGGCGGCCAACGAGAUCCACUACAUCCCGUCCGUGCUGAUCGGCGGGCACGGGCGGGAGAGCCUGCGCAACGCCCGCGUGCAGGGCCACAACUCCAGCGGCACCCUGAGCAUCCGCGAGACGCCCAUCCUGGACGGCUACGAGUACGACAUCACCGACCUGCGCCACCACCUGCAGAGGGAGUGCAUGAACGGGGGCGAGGACUUCGCCAGCCAGGUCACUCGCACCCUCGACUCCCUGCAGGGCUGUAACGAGAAGGCCAGCAUGGACCUCACGCCAGGGAGUGACAAUGCCAAGCUGUCGUUGAUGAACAAGUACAAAGAUAACAUCAUCGCCACCAGCCCCGUGGACUCCAACCACCAGCAGGCCACUCUGCUCUCGCACACCUCCAGCAGCCAGAGGAAGCGGAUCAACAACAAAGCGAGAGCUGGUUCUGCCUUCCUGAACCCUGAAGGGGAUUCUGGCACAGAGACAGAAAACGACCCCCAGCUGACCUUCUAUACUGACCCCUCGCGGAGCCGGAGACGCAGUAGAGUGGGCUCUCCCCGAAGUCCCGUGAAUAAGACCACCUUGAUGUUGAUCAGCGUCAGCAGCUGUGUGAUCGGCCUGGUGUGCUCCUCGCAUGUCAGCUGCCCUCUCGUCGUCAAAAUCACCCUGCACGUCCCCGAGCACCUGAUCGCUGAUGGGAGCCGCUUCAUCUUGCUGGAGGGGAGUCAGCUAGAUGCCAGUGACUGGCUGAACCCUGCCCAAGUGGUCCUCUUCUCUCAGCAGAACUCCAGUGGGCCCUGGGCCAUGGACCUCUGUGCCCGGCGGCUCCUGGACCCCUGCGAACACCAAUGCGACCCCGAAACUGGGGAAUGCCUGUGCUAUGAAGGCUACAUGAAGGAUCCAGUACACAAGCAUCUUUGCAUUCGGAAUGAAUGGGGGACCAACCAGGGGCCUUGGCCUUACACAAUAUUUCAGCGAGGCUUUGACCUGGUUUUGGGAGAACAGCCUUCUGAUAAAAUAUUCAGAUUCACCUACACCCUUGGCGAGGGCAUGUGGCUGCCCCUCAGCAAGAGCUUCGUGAUCCCGCCAGCUGAACUGGCCAUCAACCCCUCAGCGAAGUGUAAGACGGACAUGACAGUGAUGGAGGACGCCGUGGAGGUCAGGGAGGAGCUGAUGACCUCGUCGUCCUUUGACAGCCUGGAAGUUCUCCUGGACUCCUUCGGGCCUGUGCGGGACUGCAGCCGGGGCAACGGGGGCUGCAGCAAGAACUUCCGCUGCGUCUCGGAUCGCAAGCUGGACUCCAGCGGCUGCGUGUGCCCGUCUGGACUCAGCCCCAUGAAGGACAGCUCAGGCUGCUAUAACCGCCACAUAGGGGUGGACUGCUCUGACGGCUUCAACGGCGGCUGCGAGCAGCUGUGCCUCCAGCAGGUGGCGCCCUUCCCGGACGACCCCGCUUUGUACAACAUCCUCAUGUUCUGCGGGUGCAUUGAGGAUUACAAGCUGGGUGUGGAUGGACGAUCUUGCCAACUCAUUGCAGAGACCUGCCCAGAGGGAGGUGACUGUGGGGAAAGCAGGGAGCUUCCCAUGAACCAGACCCUCUUUGGGGAGAUGUUCUUUGGCUACAACAACCAUUCCAAGGAAGUGGCUUCUGGACAAGUGCUGAAAGGAACAUUCAGGCAAAACAACUUUGCUCGAGGCUUAGACCAGCAGCUGCCAGAUGGCCUUGUGGUGGCCACUGUCCCCCUGGAAAAUCAGUGCCUGGAGGAAAUCUCAGAGCCCACCCCUGACCCCGACUUUCUGACUGGGAUGGUGAACUUCAGCGAGGUGUCUGGAUAUCCUGUGCUGCAGCAUUGGAAGGUUCGGUCUGUGAUGUACCACAUCAAACUCAACCAAGUGACCAUCUCUCAGGCCCUCAGCAACGCUCUCCACUCCCUCGAUGGGGCAACAUCUCGUGGGGACUUUGUGGCCUUGUUGGACCAGUUUGGCAACCAUUACAUCCAGGAAGCUAUCUACGGCUUUGAGGAGUCCUGCUCUAUCUGGUACCCAAACAAGCAGGUCCAGCGGCGACUCUGGCUGGAGUACGAAGACAUCAGCAAAGGCAACUCUCCAUCCGACGAGUCGGAGGAGCGGGAGCGAGACCCCAAGGUGCUGACGUUCCCGGAAUACAUCACCAGCCUGUCGGAGUCUGGCACCAAGCGCAUGGCGGCUGGAGUCCGCAUGGAAUGCCAGAGCAAGGGCCGGUGCCCCUCUUCCUGCCCCUUGUGUCAUGUGACAUCCAGCCCUGAUACCCCUGCCGAGCCUGUUCUGCUGGAGGUGACCAGAGCAGCCCCCAUCUAUGAACUGGUGACCAACAACCAGACCCAGAGGCUCUUGCAGGAGGCUACCAUGAGCUCUCUGUGGUGCUCCGGGACCGGAGAUGUCAUCGAGGACUGGUGUCGAUGCGACUCCACGGCGUUCGGAGCUGAUGGGCUCCCCACGUGUGCGCCCCUCCCACAGCCUGUGUUACGGCUGUCCACGGUGCACGAGCCCAGCAGCACCCUGGUAGUCCUGGAAUGGGAACACUCAGAGCCCCCCAUUGGGGUGCAGAUUGUAGACUACCUCAUCCGUCAGGAAAAAGUUACCGACAGGAUGGACCACUCCAAAGUGGAGACAGAGACGGUGCUGAGUUUCGUGGAUGACAUCAUCUCGGGAGCGAAGGCCCCCUGCUCCAUGCCCUCCCAGGUGCCGGACACACAGCUCACCACUAUCUCCCUCGUCACCCGAUGCCUGGAGCCCGACACCAUCUAUAUGUUCACCCUGUGGGGUGUGGACAACACAGGACGACGCUCCAGGCCCAGUGACGUGAUAGUGAAGACCCCGUGCCCUGUGGUGGAUGAUAUCAAAGCCCAAGAAAUAGCAGACAAGAUCUACAAUCUCUUCAACGGCUACACCAGCGGGAAGGAGCAGCAGACGGCCUACAACACCCUUCUGGACCUGGGCUCCCCCACCCUUCAUCGAGUCCUCUACCACUAUAACCAGCACUAUGAGAGUUUUGGAGAAUUCACCUGGCGCUGUGAGGAUGAAUUGGGCCCCAGGAAAGCCGGCCUCAUCCUCUCCCAGCUUGGGGACCUCAGCAGCUGGUGCAACGGACUCCUUCAGGAACCCAAGAUAAGCUUGCGGCGCGGCUCCCUCAGGUACCUGGGCUGCCGCUACAGUGAGAUCAGGCCCUACGGACUCGACUGGUCGGAGCUCAGCCAGGACCUCAGGAAGACGUGCGAGGAGCAGACCCUGAGCAUCCCCUACAACGAUUACGGGGACAGCAAAGACGUCUAGCGCCGUGAUAUCAGAGAGUGGCUGCCAAAGGGAAGCAGGAGAGAGGAGGGGGACAUCUGGGCUGGUUUGUGGAUUUUUAAUAUUUUUUAAUGGAACAUUAAAACCGCCACAGGUGACAUCUAAACCAGGGAGACACUGAUUCUUGCUCCCUGCAGAAUUUCUUUGCUGUGUUCUCCAUCCGCAUGACCAGGACACCUGCCAGCCGGCAGCUUCAUGCAGCGCCAUUUCUUUAGGGGAUUACUUUGGGGCUUGUUUUGCUAUUGAUUUGUUGUUGUUGUUUUUCCCCCCGAGUUCUCUCAUGCUUCCCAUGAAAUGUCCAGCAGGUGGAGACACCUGUGCUCCCUGAGUUCCUGAGUCCUUUACAACUGGGGACAGGUGAGACUAGAAAGCUGUUAGCCCAGCCUCGGGCCUCAGCCUCAGGCAUUCCUCCCUCAGGACCCAUCUCACUCUGGGAGCCAAGCCCAGCUCACAGAGAAAGACAAGAAGGCGGCGGCCCCUGGGUAGGACUCAUGGUUUUUCCCAGGGACCUUCCUGUUGCUAACUCCAUACCUGUCAGGUGGACCUCUGUCCUCUCCUCCUAACAUUAUCACCUUUCAGAGGCAACAGAGUGCCACCUGUCAAAUGCACCUUCAGAGCAGUCUCCCUGGGAGACUAGUUAGCAGCCCGCAUCCUGGAGAAGUGGGAUUGAUUGUUUUAAAGAACCCCUGUGCCUCCAGCAUGAGCGUCUCCAGACCACCAGCGCACAGCACGUCCUCUGUGUCGUCUGCACCACUCGCUUGCCCGGGACAGAUGAGGCCUGCCGUCUGCUCUGGCCCAGGAGGGGUCAGCACCGCCACGUCAGUGUUUCAGUGAACCGAAGUAAUUACUGACCACAAAAACCUGUCCUCCCAUCCUCCGCUAAAUUUGCUUCAUUGCGUUGCUAGCUUUGCAACUCGUUUCUCUGGGUGAGCACAGGCCGGAGGGUCCCAGCAUCGUCUCCCCCCAUCUAGCUGCCGGGAGUGCAGAGAAUCGGCCUGAGCGUCGGCACCGGCACCAGUGGGGGCCCAGCCUUUCAGAAGGCGCUUUGCAGGCGGACCGGACACGGCCUUAGCUGUCCCCACACACCUGAGGCCUGAACACACUCAGCCUCACUGCCCUUGACCAGACUCCUCACUUGGAAACACAAUAGGAAGGCCAGCCACUGAGCUGUUGACCUUUUUCUAAUGACAGACCACACUUAUCGAGUGCUUACUGAGUGCCAGACUCUGCUCUCGGUACUUCACAUGUCACCUAAUUCUCAACACCCCCACCCCCAGGUGCUAUGAUCAACCCCAUUUCAGUGACGAGCAAACUGAGGCAUCAAGAAGAUGCGCACCUUGUCCCAGACGCCUCGUUUCGUCUGAGCUGCAGCGUUGCGGCGGGCACACCCUAGAGCACUGGCCCUUAGACCCCCAGCCUUGUUUUCAGUGUACGCUCCAUGGGGUCCUGCCCAGAGAACCUUCCUUUUCCCAGCUCCCCAGGAUGUAGAUGCGCCUGCCAUGGGCAGGGGGAGCCCAGUGCACCCUGAACUCUGCGGCUGGAGCCCCUUUGGGACCGUGGGGUCUGCCCACAAGCAACCACACUGGGCUACAGCCGCCAGCACAGGUCGCUGUCUCCCCCUCCGCAUCUUUUCAUAGAAAGAUUGACAGGUUUCUUUCACGCUGGGGACUGCCCCUUCCUCAGACACCCGCGCCCCAGAGCGAAGGCUAGCAGAAAGCUCGGCCGUCCACCUGUGGUCAAUGCGGGGCUCAGCUAAGAUGCCUCGAGGGACAAGUUUCUCACUAUCACCAGGGAGGAAGAUGCCCUGGGCAGCGGGACACCUACCAGCGGGGUGGGCGUGGGAAGGCCGCUGCCACCAUGCCCUGUUCUUUAUUCAAGUUUGUGCAGAAAUGAAGGUCCGUGCAGCGGAAGGCAGGCGUUGAGGCUGUCCCUACCUUCCCGCCCCCGCGGUGGGCCAGGUGAGGUGCGGAGUGGCAGCUUCCUGUUUUAUUAGAAUAAAAGAGGCUCACCAUUGCUGGCUUCCCCAGGUCUCUCCAGCUCCUUUGCAUCUGCUUUAUCUUUGCUCUUCCUGUCUGGGACCCCUCCUCCUUUGUCCCUUCCUUCUCCACGAGUCUGUUCCUCCGUGUCCCCUUGUGCCCUGCACUGCACCCAUGUGCAUGCACAUGUACUGCACUUACACACAUGUACACCCCCAUAUCCUACACAUACACCCCACGCGAUCCUCCACACAACCCCAAUAGCUGGGUCCCAUCUACGUUCAAGUUCAAAGUAAGGCCAACAUGAACGGGGCAGCAGAGAGAGUCUUAAGAUCCCUGGAGGACUUGACUGGAGGGUUUGCGCCCUAGGAAGACACGUCGACCACACCCUGACGACAUUUUCCAAAGUGUGCCUGGAGGAACCCACCUGCCCAGGGAGGGUGAUGGUACCAGCCAGUGUUAAACCUCUAGUUUCCAAACUGCCAAACAGAUCUUAAGGGAGUCGCUUCUGUCCACCAGCACCCUCCGAGCCCCGGGCUCCCGCUGGUGUCCCUCCCGAAUGGACUUGACCCACCGUAAGCGCUUAGACCUCCCGCCGAGCUGAGUGCGCGGUCAUCUCCGCGGAGUGUGGUCCAUCUGUUGUUUUUAGUUAACCACAUUUCUUGAUAUUCAAAUGUUCUCUUAAGAAACGGUGUGAAAAACCUGCUUUACUACUGUAGAAGGAAGAAAGAAUAUAAUGUGACCAACUUCAGGUAUCGCAGUAUUGUUUAAAAGGGAAUUAUUGUACGAUUAUUAAAAAUGGAAUAAUUAAGUAAUAAACCAAGCUGUUAGUAAGUGUCGGGGGUGUGGGUGUUACCUUGUGUCUUUAAAUAAUCAGCAUCUGGUUGGACCAACUGGGGAAUCAUUCAAGUGUUAAAGGUUAGAUUUCAAAUACAUAGAAUAGGCCUUACUGCCUGUCAUCUGAACUAGACAAAAAACAAUUAAGAUACUUAACAGCAAAUUAUAAACUUACAGUAUUGCUAUGUA